UAAAAUAUCAGCAUAUCCGAAAUGUCAUUCUUUUCUAACUUAAAAGAAAAAGCAACUGCAGGAUUCAAAGCUGCCGAAAAGUAUAUUGCUGUUGAUGACAAGCGUAAACAGGAUCCCUCCAACGUAGAACGCAAACCAGCAAAAUCUGACCCUCUCCAAGCUGUUGUGCAACAAGCUGUUGCUGAAGAAGUCAAGAAGAAACAAGACACUGGCCAAAAUCUCGAUUGAGACCCUCCAGAAGUUGAACUUAACAAACUCAAAGGCUUCAUCAGAGCCAAACUUAAUGAACACGAACAGGCCGUCGAAGAGUAUAAAGGCAGAGAGAAAGAGUACCAGAGACUUCUGCAAGAAAACGAAUCUGAGAAACACAAAAGUGUCGCAAUCAUCAAUGAAGUCAACCAGAGGUAUGCACAGCUUGAACACAAAUACAACCAGACUGCUCAAAGUUUGGCAGAUAUACAGAGCAACACUACAGCUCCGAAGACACCUGUUGCAGAGCCAGAACUCAACAUUGAUGUGAUCAGGAGAUUCUUGUCGACUAAGCAGCCCAAAGCACAAGAACUUCAAGCACAACUGGCUGGAUUGUUCUACCCCAAACAAGACAUCGACAACAAAAUAUAAGUGAAAUCAAGGAGCUGUCCAACAAAGCCGAAGAGUUCAAAGUCAAGUAUGAGUCAUCUCAGAAGUACCUCAAGCAGUUCAACGACGAAAGCCAGCGACUCAACGAGGAGAACGAACAGAUGGUUGCAGACAAAGCUAGGCUCGAAGCUACACUUGCGAAACUCAAACAAGACAGCGAACAAACCAGACAGCAGUAUGAGAGCCAGGCUAAGCAGGCUGCAGACAAGCUGAGUCAGAGCCACAAGCGGGUCCAAGAACUUGAGAGUGCUGUCGCUACAAAGGAGACACAGAAGGCUCCAUCAGAGUCAAAGGUUGAAGCUUUGGAGAAAUCGCUUGCAGAGAGUAACAAGAAGUUUGGAUUGCAGGCAACUCUUUUGAAGGACAUUGAGAAAAAGUACAUUGAGGCUGUUUCUGAAAAGAAGAAGCAAGAGGAAACUUUUAAACAAAGUCAAGAGAAGAUUGUUAAAUUAACUACUAGCCUUGAUGAAGCAAACAAGAAACUAUCUGAUACUACUAAAAAUAUAAAUAGUCAGAAAGAGAAAGAAGAGCAUACAGCAAAAGUCCUUGAGGAUCUUAGUCAGAAAAUUCAAGAGUUUAAAAAUAGCACUGCUAAAAUUAUUGAAGAAAAUAAAGAAAUUCAAGGCAAGUUAGCAGCUACCUCAAAAGAAUUAGAAGAAAAAGACAAAGAACUGAAAACAACUCAAACAUCUCUAGCAUCUUUCAAAAACUCUUCUGCAUCAAAUUCCAAAGCUUCUUCCACCCAAAUCAUGACUCUCACAUCCCGAAUCUCUGAGCUCAACAAAAGCCUCCAAAAAUCCGAAGAAAAUGAACAACUACUCAAAUCCCAACACAAAGAGUUAACAGAAGCUCACAAAACAAAACUGAAAGAACUAUCAGACCUCCUCCAGCAAGAAAGAAGCAAAUCAAAACAAACUGAAGAAAACACCAAAGAAAUUGAGACGAAAUCUAAAUCAGACACAUCCCAAAUAGAAGCUUCAACCACAGAACUCCAGAACGGAUUCUCUACAAUCAAGGAACACCUACAGAAAGCUACAGGCGAGAAACCAGGACCUAAAACAACUGACCAGCAGUAUAUUAUCAAAAAGAUAGGUGAUAUUAUCAAGCAGCAGAAAGAUGCUGAUGGAAGAGUAACUGCCUUAGCAAAAACCAACUCUAAACUAGACCAGAAGAACGAAGAACUUGAAAAAUCCUUAGAGGAAUGCAUAGAGAAGGGUACUCAAGCAGCCAAAGCUCUUACUGAACUUGAGAAAGCACAUGCUGACUUACAAAAAUCUACUUCAGAUCUGCAGACUUCUUACACUGAAUUAGAGAAAAAUCAUUCAGAUCUAGAAAAAUCUCAUAAUGAAUCUUUAGAAUCCUUCAACAGACAGAAUGCUGCUUUAAAGUCUACGCUAAUAGACCUUCAGAAGAAAUCAACAGAGAUACAGACAGCUUUGGCUACAGACCUCCAAAAAGAGAAGGCUCAAACAGAAUCUCUGAAGAAGCAAAAAGACAUGCUAGACAAAGCUCUGGAUGAUAACAAAGCAAAGUCUCUCCAAAUGGUUAAACAACUCAGGGAGAAAUUCGAAAAAGCUCAAAAAGAGUUAGACGAGAAAUAUAAAAAGGCUACUGAACAGCAAGAUGCUUCCAAUGAACUUCAGCAAAAACUCGAUCAGGUCACUGCUGAGCUUGUUAAUAAAGAGAAAGAACAUCAGAAAUGCCUGAAGAAAAUUAAGGACAACACACAAGAGAUAUCUCAACUCAGUAAAAAGACAUCAGAACUUGAAACAGAAUUAUCAAAGACUAAAACUAAUGUUGAGAAACACAAGAGCAAAGCAUUCGAGUACCAAAAGAAGGACGAUCACCUCUCCAAAAUCAACCAAGAACUUACAGGAUUGAAAGCAUCUCUCCAAAAAUCACAAAAGAGCGAAGUUCAACUCAAGACAGAGCUUGAGAAGCUACUCAAAGAAAAAGAAGACCAUAGUCAAGAACAAAUUGGCUUAAAGACUGAGUUAGAGAAAGCAAGGGCUACUGAAGGCCAACUCAAGAAGAAUGUAGAAAACUUAACUAAAGAGAAACAUGAACAAACCCAAGAGUACACUGGACUUAAAGAAAAAUUAGAAAAAGCUAUGACUACUGAACAACAGUUGAAGAAGGACCUUGAAAAUUUUAGCAAAGAUAAUGAACAACAAAAGAAACAACAUACCAAACUCCAAGCAGAAUUGGAAAAAACCAAAAUAAACGAAGAGAAAUUAAAGAAAGAGCUUGAAAUUUUAUCUAAAACUAAAGGAGAACAAACAAAAGAACAAGCUAAACUGAAAUCCCAAUUGGAUAAGGCAAGAGAAUCAGAAACUAAGCUAAAGAAAGACCUUGAAGGUUUGAGUAAAUCUACAGAAGAGAACAACAAGGAAUCUAGUACAUUAAAAGCAGAAUUAAAUCAAGCAAAGGAUAAUGAAGAGCAACUCAAGAAGAGUCUUGAAAAUCUUAAGAAAGCUAAUGAAGAACAAAAGAAACAGCAUAAUACAUUACAAGCUGAACUUGAAAAGGCUAAAGCAAAUGAAGGCAAAUUAAAGAAAGAUCUAGAAGGUUUGCAUAACACAAAGGAAGAACAUAAGCAGCAAUAUAGUACAUUAAAAGCUGAAUUUGAUAAGACAAAGGAAAAUGAAGAACAGGCUAAGAAGGAUUUAGUCAGUUUGGCUAAGGAAAAAGAGGAGAAUGCUCAAAAAUCUAGUGAAACUGAAACUAAACUUAAGGAAAUGACAAAGAAGAUCGGAGAGUUACAAGAAGAGCUCAAAAAAGCUAAUACUACAAAAUCCACCACAGAACACACCUACAAAACCCAACUCACCGACCUCCAAUCCGCCCACACAAAACUCACCCAAGACUCCCAAUCCCAACUCCAAAAAUCCCAAGAAGAAACCGCUCACCUCAAAAAGAAACUCGAAGGCAUGGUCGACUACAAGGAAGUUCAGAAGGUGCAGGUCACACUGGAGAAAGAAGUGGUUGAGAAGAGAGAGGAAGUAGAGAGGUUGCAGAGAGUAGUAGAGCAGAAGGUUAGUCAGGCACAGGUUAUGAUGCAGGAGAACCAGCAGGAGGUUGAGAGGAAGAAUGAGAAAGUCAAACUAUUAGAAACGGAACUACAAGAGGUUAAAAAGACGAUUGAAGUUGAAGAAGUGAAUGGAAGCGAUAAGCUAAAAUCCAUUUACCAAGCCCAUCAAGAAGAAAUUAAAAAGAAAGAAAAAGACUUAGAGAAAGCUAAUGAAGAACUCAAAAAGAAUCAAGUCAAUGUUGAACAAGAAGCCAAGAAGGCUAAAACCCUAGAGUCAACUUUAUCCAAACUUGAAGAGGAAAAGAAGGUCCAUCUCCAGAAAAUAAAAGAUCUUGAAGCCCACCAGAAAGGAUCUACUGAGAAAGUAAAAGAUUUAGAGAAAAUACAGAAAGAAAAUGAUACUUUGAAGCAGAAACUUAUCGAAACUCAAACAACAAUCUCAAAGAAAGAUGAGAUGCAGACUAAACUCAAUAGUGAUCUCCAGAAUUACGAGAAGAAAUUCCUUGAUCUCAAGAACAUCAAAGCUCAAAAUGAGAAGCUAUCUAAAGACCUCACAUCUGUGCAAGAGAAGUCAAAAAGUCUUGAAAAGAGUGUGCUCAACUUGGAGAAAGAUAAGGAAAGAAUGAGGAAGGAGUUAUUGAACUCUGAUUUCAAGGCUAGAUAUAAGUUAUAAAAUGUGAAGAACUCGACAAAGUUUCUAAACAGCUCAAAACAACCGACCAGAGGUUGCUAACAAUGGAGGCUAAAAUUAGCAGCCAAAAUCGUAAGACAGAUGAUGAGAAAGUGAAUCUCAUGCGAUCAAUGAAUAUUUUGCAGGAAGAAAUCCGUGAGAAAGAUAGAGAGAUCAAGGUCCUAUUGGAAGAGAAGAAGACUGAAGACAAUGACGAACUAAUCCAAAAGAUUCUGAUAAAAGGAGUACUGAUGAAGUACCUCUGUAACAAGGAGGACCAGAAUAUUAGCAAAUCCACACUGAAAGCCCUCUUUACAAUGCUAGAGUUUAACGAGGAAGAAAGAAUCGAAUGAUCAACCCAGGCAGAGAGUGGAGGAUGGGGAAAAGUGUUAGGAUUUUCAUAA